AUGGUUCCACGCAGACCGGCUCGUGCUGCGCCUCACCAGGAUGGGAAUAGUAUUGAUGCAGUAUUUGGCAAACGAACGAUUAGGAAACCCACACAAAAAGUGUAUUUCUGGCCAUCGUUGACGGAAAGAGAACGUGGGAUUUUACGCGAUGCUUUUUUCCAAAUUGGAAGGCGAACAUGCAUCAAGUUCGAAGAACAGGAAUAUAAGCCAUGGUUCCAUGCAGACCGCUGGAUUGGUGACCAGCCAUACGUUCUAAUUCGCAAAAGCAAGAAAUACGCAGCUUAUUCCGACAACGCGAUCGAAGGACUUGUUGACAGAACAAUCCUAUACAUUGCCGAAGGGGCCUUCCAAAUGGGUACACAUAAUCAUUCAAGAGGAGCUGUUAUGGAUCAGUUAGUACGAUUUAUGGGAAUGAAGAAGGAAAUGUAUCGACCGGAUGCUGCUUCAUAUAUUCAACCUAUCGCAUAUCGUCUUACACAAUAUUGCCCAGCCCGUAAUGAUGUAGACAUUGGUGCCGGGCAAAGGGUUGGAUUACUCACAAAAUGGGACACCAUCAAGCUGAACACGAUGUAUUGUCCGGAACGAGUAAACGCUGAUCCACAACGUGGCCCUUGUGUUGUCCCACGCGCUAAGGAUGCUGAAGAGUUUAAACGCAGAAGUAUGGGCAUAUAA